AUGAAGAUUCUCAGACCAACACCGCCAACAAUGUCUCUAGUAAAUGUGUUCGUUACAUCCCCAGAUACCCACUCAGAGCGGCGAUUUGUUCGAACGAUAACGAUAAAUGAGCUAAAGGGACGUCUAGAGUCGAUAGUCGGGAUACCUUCACAAAACCAGAAGAUAGUGAUGGAUGGCGUAUGGCUUACGAAUCCAGCAGCGACAUUAGUAGAGGCAGGAGUGAGGGAGUUAUCUGAAGUGAUUGUCAGUGACUUGACAGAUGUUAAUAAUGAGCGUGCAGGGGAAUUUACAGAUGUUUCACGAGUAGAAAAGUAUGAUAUGACAGAUGAGGAGUAUUUAAAUCGUGGAGAUACAGUUUUAGCGUACAAGAAGGCGAAUGAGAUUGGUAGAUUUAGCAAGGCAGCCGCAGAAGCGGAGAAGGAGCAAGUACCGAGUGACAUAAAAGUCGGAGAUCGGUGUAGAAUACUCCCAGCGACUUUAGAUGAAAUUAUUAAACUUGGUCACGUUAGGUUCAUUGGUAAGGUGGGCUUCCAGUAUGGGAUUUGGAUUGGAGUUGAGCUUGAUGAGCCAGUGGGGAAGAAUGAUGGGAGCGUUCAAUGCGUUCGAUACUUUGAAACUAAACCGAAGCAUGGCAGCUUUGUGAAGAGUGAUAGAAUAGAAAUCGGGGAAUUUGAAGAAGAAGAGUUGCUUAGUGACUUGGAAGAGAUGUAG